UGCCUAUUGACUUUUUAAAAAAAAAAAAAAAACACCAAAGAAACAAAACUAGAUUAGUCAAGGAGAAGCAGGAAAAAGAAGCGAAUUCUCAAACUUUUGAUCAAACAAGUCAAAUAAGCUUUGAAAUUUGCAAUGGAAAAUCAAGUAAUUGAGAAACUUGGAAGUGCAUCGAUUUUGCAAUUUGCACCUCUUCAAAGUUCAAUUGACGAAGGUUUUUGGCAUCGACUUUCUUCUUUGAAGCUCAAUCUCUGGAAAACCGAUGAAUCUGCAGUUUCUAUUUCUGGAUUUUUUGCACCAUGUUCAUAUCAUCACGUAUCAAACCACUUAAAUCUUCUUUCCGAAUCUUUGCCAUCUGAAACUAGUGAAAAUUCACCAUCAACCAGUUCAAGCCAUACAAAUAGAAACAGAUGUGAUGUCCCUGGAACACUCUAUAAUACAAAUACAAUAGAGGGCUUCCGUCAGCUUGACAAACAGAAAUUAUUGAAAGAAGAAGCUGGAAAGAUUUGGGAUGAUAUUCGUAAUGGAAAUGUUGAGAAAGACUGUGCAUUACUGUCUAGAUUUCUUCUUCUCUCAUUUGCUGACCUCAAAACAUGGAGGUUCUACUACUCUGUUGCGUUUCCUGCUUUGGUGCUUGAUCCUCCAGCAACCCUAGUUAAUCUGAAACCUGCUUCAGAGUGGUUCAGCUUGGAAGAGGCUGAGUCUGUGUCUGCUGCCUGCAACGAGUGGCGUAGCUCAACAGUCACUGCAUGUAUUCCCUUCUUCCUUGUUACUAUUGCUUCAAAUUCACAUGCUAGAGUUUGCCAUCUUAAUGAGUGGGAAUCCUGCCAACAGGACAGUGAGAAGGUUCUGUUUGGCUUUUAUGAUCCUUGUCAUCUUACAAACCAUCCUGGUUGGCCUCUUCGGAACUUUCUUGCUUUUUUGCAUACAAGAUGGAACCUGCAAACUGUCCCAUUCUUUUGCUAUCGUGAAAAUCGUGGUUUUGCUGAUAUGGGAUUGUCACUUGUUGGUGAAGCUCUGAUAUCUCCACAAGGAUUGAAGGAUCAUGGUCAUGUACCUAAAGCUGUUGGAUGGGAACUUGAUAGAGGAAAAAAAUUAGUAAGAUCCAUUAACCUCGCUACAUCUAUGGAUCCUACGAGGUUGGCUGAAUCUGCUGCAGAUUUGAAUUUGAAGUUGAUGAGAUGGCGGGCUUUACCUUCUCUAGACUUGGGUCUUUUAUCUUCUACUAGGUGUCUUCUUCUUGGGGCAGGCACUCUGGGAUGCCAGGUUGCUCGAACACUGAUGGCUUGGGGUGUACGGAAGAUUACACUGGUAGACAAUGGUAAGGUGGCCAUGUCUAAUCCACUGAGACAGUCGUUGUAUACACUGGAAGAUUGUCUCAAUGGUGGUCAAUAUAAAGCCAUAGCUGCAGAGAGAAGUCUCAAAUCCAUAUUCCCAGUUGUGGAUGCAAAAGGUGUUGUGAUGGCCAUCCCUAUGCCUGGGCAUCCAGUGUCUGCUCAAGAGGAGAGCAACGUGUUGGAUGAUUGUAGACAACUACAGGAAUUGGUUAAUUCCCAUGAUGUAAUUUUCUUAUUAACUGAUACAAGGGAAAGUCGAUGGCUUCCAACGCUCCUCAGCGCUAGUGCUAAUAAGAUUACUAUGAAUGCUGCUCUGGGGUUUGAGAGCUUCUUGGUUAUGCGCCAUGGAGCUGGUGCUGGUGCUGGCAGUUCCUGUGAAGCGGCUAGUGCUUUGUCGUCUGGCAUGGGGAACUUAUCUAUAGGGGAUAAAGACAAGGAGACUAGAUUGGGCUGCUAUUUUUGCAAUGAUGUGGUCGCGCCAAUUGAUUCAACUGCCAACCGCACUCUGGACCAACAAUGUACAGUCACACGUCCAGGUCUUGCUCCGAUUGCUUCUGCGCUUGUAGUUGAGCUUUUAGUGGGCCUUCUCCAUCAUCCUCUUCGGAUGUAUGCACCUGCUGAAAAUUCAGGCUUAAGUGAUAGUGGAAGCAGUGAGCAACCUCUUGGUAUAAUUCCACACCAAAUACGAGGAUCGCUCUCUCAAUUUUCGCUGAUGACACUUGUUGGUCAUGCGUCAAACAUCUGCACAGCUUGUAGUACAACUGUAGUAUCAGAAUUCCAAAAGAAUGGAAUGGAAUUCAUUUUGAAGGCAAUUAACCACCCCACGUAUUUGGAGGAUAUCACUGGACUAACAGAGUUACAGAAAUCAGCUAAUUCAUUUGAAGUAGACUGGGACAUUGAAGACGAAGUUGAUGAUGACGAUUGUGUUGAAAUCUGAAGGUGAAAAGAACGCCUCAAUUAUACCCUUUCUGUCUGCAAAUGUUAGUCAUGUAUUACUAAUUUGGGAUAUUCGGAAAAUAGUUUUACCGCCUACAAUGGUCGCAAUGGAACCCAUAUUUGAAAAUUUGGACUAGUUCUGGUGUGAUAAGGUCUGGGGCAUCAAAACAGUUAUGGCACACCUCAUAGUAGCACUAUAUGCCACUAUGCAAAUUCGUUAUCAUGGCUAAUUUUGGGUAACAAAUACGACAAAAUUUACGUCGACAGCAAUAUGAUGGGUUGAUAGAAUUGUACAAGCUUAUCUUUGCAAAAGAAA